UGGAAAACAAAAUAUUAAAACUGAAGUUUAAGCGCAUUGGCCUGACCCAUAUUACACACAUAUUUUCAAAGGUCAAGUACCCACCGUUUUGACCCAAUUUCGAGGAGGACUUCCCUGACACCUAAUGAUACCCUUUAGGGAUACCGGGAUCCUAGAAACUCCCACGACAGCAACAACGUCGCGUGAAGAAAAAGAAAAGUCGACGAUAUUUGCAUAUGAUUAAUUUCAUACGCUUGCCUGCUAAUCAGCGAGCAAUUUGUACAAGUGGCGAGCACAAAAAGGGUGAGUUAGUGCGUGGGGAUGGGACAUUUUCCAGGGGGGGAGGAAGGGAAAAUGGGUUAAAGGGAAAACCCAGCAUAUAAGGAAGAACGUUUGGGGAGCUCGUCUCAGUUUCAAGUGCACGUCACGUUUAUCUCUGGCCAGGAUUAAUAAACACAAGUUCGGAAGGGAAAAGCGAGCUAAGCGAGUGAAAAUUUAUGACACUUGUUGCCAUUGUCUGGAGGGAAAAGCGUGGAAAAGCGGGGUAGACGCUUAUUAAUACGCACUCGUAUUUAUUUAGCGACGUGUGUAACGGCUUAGAAAAUGCGAACGACAAACGUUUUAUAAUUAUUUUAUGGACUUCAAAGUUUUGUGGAUGGGUGGGCGGGUCGGCGGGCUUUAUACGGAUCGGGUGGCUAUAUAAGCAGCGUAACGCGGCAGCAAGCAACGCAGUUGGCCGAGAGGAUUAGGGCAGCUAGAACCGCUGGCGAAAAUGCAGUUAGUCCUCUGGAUGGUGUUCCUGGCCUUUGGCCGUGAGAUCUAUGGAGCCAGCAUUCCGUCGCCGAUUUCUGGACAGGAUUCGGAGCUGGGAACCUGUGAGCUGCAGCUCUCCAAAUACCGAAAGUUCAUACUCCAGGCAAUCCUGAGUUUCGAGGACGUUUGCGAUGCGUACAACUCGAGACCCGGUGGACAGGAUUCGGACUCCGAUGGCUGGCUCUUCCGCCACUAUGCACCACCGCCAACUUCCCAAAGGGGCGAGAUUUGGGCCUUCUUUCGACUGCUGAUGGCCCAAUUCGGCGAUGUGGAGUUCUCUUCCAUUAUUCGGGAUGCAGUUAUCGAAAGGUGCCGCAUUAAAUCGCAGUUGCAGCGGGACGAAAAGCGAAACUCGGUGGUUUUGGGUAAGAAGCAGCGGUUCCAUUCGUGGGGCGGCAAAAGGUCUCCGGAACCACCGAUUUUGCCGGAUUAUUAAAGCCUGGUUUGAAGCGUUUUCCCCUUAAAAAAUGUAUGAACAGCCAACGUUGAAGUCCUCUCAUUAAUAUCAGUGUCUAAAUAAACUCGAAGAUUGCAAACCGAAAA